AUGGAAUACCGCCAAACGAUUCCAGACGCCCACCCUAAACCCAUCCUAGCCCUCCAAUAUAACCCCUUCCGACGUGAAAUCUACAGUGGGGGAGAAGAUGCCAUUAUACGUGUAUGGGAGGAAUCAGGAAAACUCUCUUCGACACUCUCUGAACAUGUUGGGUGGAUCACGGGGCUUUUGUACUGGUAUGAGCAUAAACUGCUAUUUUCAUGCGCGAUCGAUGGGAUGUUGAUUGCAUGGUCAAACGGCAAAGUCCUCCAAAAAAUCGAGACGGGCUCACCCAUCUACUCUCUCGCAUACAACUCUCGUCGUCAACAAAUCAUGGUAGGCUGUAACAGACAAGUCCGCGUCUUCCAACUCGUCAGCACAGAAGAAACACAUACAUCCGAUAUCCUCGAACGGAAAUCCGUAUCCUGUACCGAACACUCUGAUAUCGUGAGUUGUAUCGUGUCGUGUGAAGGGAGGUUUUAUUCUGCUGGGUAUGAUCGUAAGAUUAUAAUAUACGAUAUUCCACAUCACGGAAACCUCAAGCUACGGGUAUCGAAUGUGAUUAGCAAUGCGCACGAUGCGGCGAUUUCUUGUAUGAUUUAUGGUAAAGAUGCUGAUAAUAGCUGGUUGAUUACAGGAUCAUUUGAUCGGUCCGUGAAACUUUGGUCUUUGGAUGGCAACUUGUUGCAAAAGUUUGAUGGGUUAAGUGAUACCGUCACAUCCCUCUGCUACGUCCUCCCUACACAGACGCUAUGGAUCACGACAAAUUCCAAUGUUCCCAUUGUUUACGACCCUCGAAGUGGUAUCAAUGUAUCGGAUUUUGUACGGACGGGAGAAGAAGGGUUUCAGCAUAGUAGCGGCGGGUUCGCGUUUAAACACCUCUUAUUUGUCCCGGAAGUGAAUGAAGUGUUUGCUGCGACGAAUCGCAAGAGUAUCGUUGUGUGGAAAUUCAAUCCUUCUGCGGCUUUGACGGUUUUACCGGGGCAUACCGAUGUCGUCGAGUGUUUGACGUUCACUUCCAAGGAACCAUUAUUAAUCUUUAGUGGAGGAGACGACGGCGUGAUUCGCAAAUGGGAACGUCUGCAGUUGAAUACCUUCAUGUACAGCAAAGAAGUCCUCACCCUCCCGAAAGAAGAAAAGCAAGAAGAAGCCCCUAUGCUCUACACAUUCUCCCGGGACCCCGAAGAACGCCGAAAAAAACAAGCAGCCCUCCAUAAACGGGUUACAGCCAAACUCAACUCUUGGGAACGCGUAGAAGAAGACCCAGCAUCCACACUCUUGCUCACCCAAGAUGCGUUACGAACACUACGUAAAAAAGAUCAUGAAAUUGAUCCGGAAAACAAGAUUUUGAAAUUAAAAAAUAAUCGGAGUUUGGAGGGGCUGGAGAAUCUUCGUCGAAAAAGUCAAGACGAGCCUUCCAAACCGGGCGUCGUGUCCUUGUUGUAUACGAAGACAUUUAACGAUAAAGACAAGGAAGGCGUUGAUCCAACGGGACUGGCGAAUGAUGGUGUAACGAAUCGUGUUGCGGGCAUGUCCCUCAAAUACACAUUGGAAGAACACAAGGGAGCCGUUACUGGAAUUGCAUGUUUUGCGAGGGAUGGGACUCAUUGGCUGCUCAGUUCCGGAUUCGAUCGUCGUAUCUGCAUAUGGGAGUACAUGCCCACAACCGCCCAAUUCCAACGCCACGACGUCUUUCGAAACGCUCACGCAGGGUUCGGUAAAGAAGAACUCGCUGCAGAUGGCAUCAUCCUCGACCUUGCUUACUGCCCAGAACGAAACGAGUUUGCCUAUGCUUCAGCAGAUAAACUGGCUUAUAUCCGUAAAUUCUCACCAAAAGGGACCGAAAUGUUACUACAAGCCAUUUUACAAGGCCACGAAGCCGAAGUCACACAGAUCAAAUGGAACGACAUUCACAAACAAUGGAUAACAGCCUCUGAGGACCGUACGAUCCGUAUCUGGCCUCCAGAAGGUAUCCCCUGUCUCCGCGUCAUCAACAACGACGCACCCUGUACCGCACUCUGUAUCGACAAUGUCAACGGGAGUAUUAUCACCGGGUCCCAAGAUAAGAUUAUUCGUGUGUUUGAUCCGGAUAAAAAGGAUGAGUUGGUGCAAAAGAAUGUGGGACAUACGGAUGAAGUUCGAUGUAUUAUACACAUCCCGGUUCGGAAUCAGUAUGUAUCGGCCUCGUGGGAUAACACUGUGCGCGUAUGGAAUGGUAUGCUACCAUUCAAUCUUUCUUUUGUCAAAAUUUUUCACUUUUUAACACCGUCGAUACCCUAUCCAGCAUACCUCAAAAAAGGACAACGCCGAAUCGCAGCAUCAAAAAGCACUACAUACACCCCCACAGGAACAUUUGACGAACUCGAAGAUUCAGCAACAUAUUCUGACAUUAACCCCCUCAUUAAACCCAAACUGCUCUCCAAACCCCUCUUCAUAACCGACUUAUCCCCAACAAAAGGCUCCCAUAAAGACGAGUACGGGUUACCCACCCAACAAUCUCGACUUGAAGAUGAACUCCGAUCUACACUGAAUGAUCUGGAAAACGCAUUAGCGGCAUCCGAUAAGGCACAGAGUGCUAAACGAGGUAGAGGAACGAAAUCAGAUCGACGAAAAGGGUCUGAAGGACGGAUUGGAUAG